AUGUUUUUCCCCUCUCUCACACAAGUAUUUUUAUUUUUUUUAUUUUGCAGUGAUGGAUUCUUUUUUGCUGUGAAGGAGGUUUCAUUGCUUGAUCAAGGGGGCAAGGGCAAACAAAGCAUUUAUCAACUUGAACAGGAGAUUUCUCUUUUAAGUCAGUUGGAACAUGAGAACAUAGUUCGGUAUUAUGGCACAAAUAAGGAUGACUCUAAACUUUAUAUCUUCCUUGAGCUUGUGACGAAAGGUUCACUUUUAAGCCUUUAUCAAAAGUAUCAUUUGCAGGAAAGCCAAGCCUCGGUCUACACAAAGCAGAUUUUAAAUGGUUUGAAAUAUCUACAUGAGCAAAAUGUAGUUCACAGGGAUAUCAAAUGUGCAAAUAUAUUGGUGGAUGUACAUGGAUCUGUGAAAAUUGCGGAUUUUGGAUUGGCAAAGGCAACCAAAUUGAAUGAUGUAAAAUCUUGUAGAGGAACACCAUUCUGGAUGGCCCCAGAGCUCUCACAUCCUCCCCACCAACCCCUUGAGGCCUUACCACCUGAUUGGGCCUUAAGAUCAACCAAUGAGGUUGUUAAUUGGAAAAAUGAGGGCUAUGGGCUUGCAACUGAUAUAUGGAGCCUUGGAUGCACUGUGUUGGAGAUGUUAACUCGUCGACCCCCAUAUUCCCACUUGGAAGGCGGGCAAGUGAUAUCAAAAAUUUACAGGAGUGAACCUCCCGAUGUUCCUGAUUCCUUCUCAUCAGAUGCCCGAGAUUUUAUCCUCAAAUGCUUGCAAGUCAACCCUAGUGAUCGGCCUACUGCUGGUGAGUUGCUGGACCAUCCAUUUGUGAAGAGGCCAUCUGGCCCUCAAUCUCCUCGUACGAGUGGAAUACAACCUUAAGUGCUUUUGAUCUAGCUACGGAGCAUCAAAUACAUCGAGAGUCGCUUGCCUUGGAGGAUAUAUAGAAGCUCUCAAUGCAUACCUUAUAUGCUCAUCUCCACUACUAAAUAUUAUGUAAUCUAUUCUUGUUGUCAAGGGUUAAAGAACGUGAGUUGAUGCAGUCAAUCAUUGACUCAUCUUUCUAUUGCUUGGUAUUUGUGAACUACAUUAUGUUUAUCGGUGGUUGGGAAAAGUAAUUGUCUUCAUGCUUCAUUUUAUCCCAACUAUCAAUAGGCUUAGGCUCAAGAUCCAUGUACCAAUUAAAAGCACACAUUUGGAGGGAACACUCAAAUUGUUUAAGAGGUCACCCUCAUGCUAGCAUUGUUGCAAGUUUGGAUGAAUGAGACAUUGCAUUGCUUUGGAAUUCCUUUUCCAUCAAAUUAUUAAAACUUUGGAGGUUAAUAACUCAUAGGUAUUUGUUGAUUAUCAAUUUUUGUAGUGCAAGGUUUAAAGCACACGAGUGUACUUCAUGACGAUCCACCGUACUAUGCUUUGAUGGUGUUACGUAUCAUAUUUUAAAUCACUCAUUUAAAUUGGAAAUCUAUUAAUUUUUCAAUGAAAAUAAUUUAAAUUUGGCUUUA